UAUUGGAACGUCUAACGAGGGUGAAAAUUCUUUCCUGCCCAAAGGAAUAUGCAAGCCGCAGCCCGAUCGACGUAUCGACAUUAUUACGUGGCUGGGCUGUUCCAUUCUAGUUCGUCUGGCACGAUCACGAGGCGGAGAAUGUAAAAGUAGAAAAACCACAGACGUUUCCUUGCGCGAGUUCCAACUGAAUUUUAUGCUUGAUUGCCCCAUCUGCCCCUCCUUAUCUUAUCAGGGCCUGUCUUCCUUAUCUCUUUUCUUAUCUACCUAACAUUAGGUAAAGAGAGAAUGCGUCAAAGAAUUACCUUCUUCCAUAAAAACGAGAACGGAGUAGAGCCCGCUGCUCUAAGGCUUUUGGGUCGCUACAUUUCGGGGCCGGACAUCACCGCUGAACGGGAGGACCGGAUUACACUAGCUCUAGAGGAGCUUCCGGUCGAGCUUCAACACCUACUUCGAGAAUCUCGCGAGUUAUUCAUUCGAUGGCAAAAACCUGUCCCCUACAAAGCGAUAGGUCCUUGGACCUCAAGGUUGCCUCCUGGUUUGCAUAUCUUUUAUACGCCCGGCAAUAGCGACAGACCUGAUGGCGGUCGCCUGUGCCGCUUGUUUCGGACGGCGUUCGGACCAUUAGAUUGCUCAUCUACAUCUGGGUCGUUUACGAAAUUACCAAAUGACCGAUUCACUCAUUCGACAGCAUAUCAAUAUUAUCAGAUCCUAAACGACCUAUCUCAUUUCACUUCAUACCUCGAACAAUAUGCUUGUAGUUCCGGUAACUCCGAAUGCAAGUCGCGAGUUCAACGGCUUCUUGACGCCACUUCGGUUGAUUUCUCCUACGAUGCGCUUUCUCAUGUUGUGAAACUCACAGCUGUGUGGCCUCAUGAACGGCAGCCAUUGUUUAUCAACUCUCAGCACGAUCAUAGAGCCGAGGUUGGGAUAAUGACACCGGACUCACCUCCGCAUCUAGAGUCACAUGAGCUUGGUGUCACGGGACUGCUGGCGGUCUUAGGUGAAGAUUCCAGGCCUACACCAACUCUUUUCUCGUUCCCUUCACGCCACAAGAAUGCCGACGAUGCGAGUUUCGAGGCCACUUUUCUCCGUCCGAUGGGCUUACACCCGACUAUGCAAUUGCGUCUCAGCUCAAGUAAGCCGCCGAUGGACGACGCGUACUGUUCGCUGCACACGUACCUUACUCUUCCUCGAACCGUGUUCAUCGACAAGUAUCAACUUGGGGAUGAGCUAUUCAUGUCAUCCAAGAACUUGUCGGCGUUGCGUUACAUCAGCCAACCGGUGGACCUUGAAGCUCCAGACUACGCCAUGAGGCUUUGGGGUUCCAGUGCCCUCCUAGAGCUGCAGCCACCGAGAAGCGGGAAUGACCAACCGUGGACGGCCGAGAUUCCACUCCAUCUUAGGUACUUGGCGCCAGCGGAUCAUGGCUACAGAAACGUUAGUAUCCCUUGGCCUGUGGUUUUCUGGGCUUGCGCGGCCGAAGAGGGCACCAAGUUCUCCAACAGUCCAUUCGACAGGACGAAUCUAGGAUACGACGGACUAUUUGGCCCCCGUACGCUGUUCUGGCAUGUUGAACCGAAGCCAAGUCCAGGCGAGAACCUCUAUCACGAAAUUCGGGUUCCCGUUCUUGACCUUGGACAGUCAAAUCGGAUCAGCUCUGGAACUGUAACCGUGGUUCUCAUGGGACUUGUUUUCGUAAUAUGGAAACUCGUAUCAGUCUGCCUAGGGAUAAACCGCGACAAAUACAAACCGGAGAAAGUAAGGAGAAAGAGGAAGAGUCUAUGAUAAUGAUUUCAAAAUUGAAGCAUCAACAGUUGUGCAUUCUAAACUUUUACUGGGUCGGGGUGGGAAUUAACGACGGCGUUGAGGUCAUGUGAUUACGUAUUAUUUGCAUUAUUUUCAAUGUUGUUACUAUAACGGGGCCAUGGC